AUGACAGACAACAAGAGAAAGAAUGAUAGUAAUAGCCUUAUUGUGGUAGGAGAUGGCAAUGAUAGCAAUGGCAGUGUAAAGAAACAAAAGAAUGAGUUGGCACUUAGAGAUACCUCGGCAUCAUCAAAGGAGAUCAUACUUGGUACAGAGAGAACAUCAAAGCUGAAGAGUCCUAUAAUGCAGUUAACAGGUCAUAGAGGAGAGGUAUUCAGUGUCAAGUUCAAUCCAUUUGGUACAGCAUUGGCAUCUGGCUCAUUCGAUAAAGAGAUAUAUUUGUGGAAUGUAUAUGGAGAUUGUAUCAACUACUCUGUACUCAAAGGACAUCAGGGAAGCAUAUUAGAGCUACAUUGGGAUAGAGAAGGAAUUGAAUUGUUCUCAGUGUCAUCGGACAAGUCAGUUGGACUAUGGGAUACAGUCGAGGGCACACUAGUCAAACGUAUUCGCGAACAUAAGAAAUUCGUCAACUCAUGCUGUCCUGCAAGACGCGGACCUCCAUUGGUAGCCACUGCAUCUGAUGAUUGCACCGCGCGACUCUUUGACACACGCCAGCGACACAGCAUUGAGACAUUCACGCACAAAUUCCCAGUGACGGCCGUGGCCAUGUCAGACUCGAGCGAUCAGGUCAUCACAGGCUGUCUGGACAACGUGGUACGCGUAUUCGACCUGCGCACACAGCGCGAGAUCAUGACACUACAGGGCCACAACGACUCGAUCACCGGCCUGGCCGUCAGCCCGGAUGGCUCGCAUCUCCUUUCAAACUCAAUGGACAACUCACUCAAGAUAUGGGACAUCCGUCCGUUUGCCCCACCCAACCGCUGCACCAACACGCUGACUGGCGCACAGCACAACUUUGAAAAGAUACUACUCAAGUGCUCCUGGUCGCCUGAUGGACAGCGCGUGUCAGCCGGCUCAUCCGAUGGCCAGGUGUACGUAUGGGAUGUGAGCAGCAGCAAGAUACUCUACCGACUGCCUGGACACACAGGCUCAGUCAACCAAGUGGACUUCCAUCCAUUCGAGCCCAUCAUUGCAUCUGGUUCAUCAGACAAGACUAUAUUCCUCGGUGAAAUAAAGCCAUAA